AUGGAGUUCCUAAAAAGUGGACAAAAUGUUUUAAUUAUUUGGAAUAACAGUGAACAAAAUGAUAUCUCAAAUAUUGUAAAUGAAGUCAAAAGUGCUGUUGUUGAAGGGAACGUUUGUCUCGAGAACUCUUCAAUGAUCAGUGAAUCUUCUCGACCGAAAUCAUCGUUUGAUGUAGUUUUAUCUAAUUUGGUAGCGCCAUAUUCAGUUGUUCAUAGUGAUAGUUUGUUAGCAGUUGUUAUUAAAAUUCUGAAGCCUAGUGGCAGAUUAAUCCUGAAAGACAAAACUGAUGUAUCCAGUGUCUUAAAAUUUAGUGGAUUUCUUAAUAUCACAAAAUCAUCUGAUAAUUUGUACACUGCAGAAAAACCACAAUUUGAGGUGGGUUCAAAAGCAUCAUUAAACCUUGGUUCAAAACCUGCCAUCUGGAAGUUAGAAGAUACUGUAGAAGAAGUAUGGGCUGGGACAAACGAUGAUGACAUAAUUGAUGCAGAUCAACUAUUAGAUGAAGAUGACUUAAAGAAGCCAGACAAACAGUCACUUAGAGUUUGUGCAACGACCGGCAAACGAAAGGCCUGCGCCGAUUGUAGCUGCGGCCUGGUGGAGGAGUUGAGGGGGGAAACGAAGGAAACUCCGAAAUCGUCUUGCGGCAGUUGUUAUCUUGGCGAUGCGUUUCGUUGUGCUACUUGCCCGUACCUAGGUAUGCCAGCCUUCAAGCCAGGGGAGCAAGUGAAACUUGACCUAAAAUCUGAUAUA